GCGCUGGGAAGUGGUGUGCUGGGGGGCCCGCAGUCACUAGGGAAGGACUCAGGCUGCAGAGCUCAGCUCUCCAUGCAACUAGCCAGGCCUCCCCAGGGAGCUGGAUAUCUUCAGCUCACCUUCUGAGUUCCAUGAAGCACAUUGCUCAAAGUCCCCAUGACAGAAGAGGGGACCAGGUUGAAGAUCACCAGGGACCUAAAAGCGGCCGUCUCUGCCAUCCUGCAGGGCUAUGGGUCCGGGCAGGGGCCAGUGACAGAUGCCAGUGCUGAACUGCACAGACUCUGCGGCUGCCUGGAGCUGCUACUGCAGUUUGACCAGAAAGAGCAGAGGAGCCUCCUGGGACCUCGGAAGGACUACUGGGACUUCCUGUGCACCGCCCUGCAGCGGCAGCGAGGGGGCGCAGAGCUGACCCGCCUGGUCUGCUCACAGGACAAGCUGAAGACUGCUCUGGGCAAAGGCCGAGCCUUCAUCCGAUGCUGCCUCGCCCGUGGACAGCUGGCCGAGUCCCUGCAGCUCUGCCUCCUGAGCCCAGAAUUUUCCAGGGAAUGGUACGGCCCCCGGAGCCCUCUCUUGUACCCUGAACUCAAAGAAGACAUCUUGGACUCUCUCUACACCCUCAAUGGGGUGGCCUUCGACUUGGACCUGCAGCGGCCAGACCUAGAUGGAGCCUGGCCCAUGUUCUCAGAGUCCCGCUGCUCCAAUUCCAGCCAUACCCAGGGAAGAAGAGCCAGAAAGACUAAAGAUUUUCCAAAAGAGAUCACAUCCGGGAGCCCCCGAGGAGACACCUGUCAGCGAGAUGCACCCAGAGAAAACCUAUCGCCUGCUCCUUCCAGGUCCCAGCAACACGAGCAUUUUCCUUCCUUUUCGGAAAAGAAGAAAGAAGAUUCCAGAAGCCUCAGUUCUUCCCAGAACACUGAGGGAAAGGAGCUUCCACUAGACCAGGAGGGAGACCCAGACCCUGGGAAAUAUCUGGAGAAUUUGACAGCCAGUAUCCAGCAACAGAGGAAAGGAGGCAAGGAGGCUCAGACAGUAACAAAGAUGGAGGCUGAAGGCAAGGAGGUUCUGCUAGGUAUAAAGGUUCCAAGAGCAACAGAGGAGGCUCACAGAGGAGAAGCAGAGAAGCAUCCUGUCCAGGAGCUGCUGGCCUCCACACCCCAGGAAAUGACAGAGGAAGCAGCAUCAGAGAACAGGCAGGGGCAGGAGUCCUGUGCCCUUUGGGACCAGGGAACAGAGGGAGGUUCCACCCCAGAGAAUCCAGAAGAACAAACAGGAUGGACCAGUGUAGCCAGGAGGGAGGAGCACGCAGAGCUGUCUUUACAGGAUGUGGUCAAGAGCCUCAGACAGAAGCUCCAGCAGGCUGAGGAGCGGGCCCAGGGCCAGGAGCAGCUUCUGCGAGUAUGGGAGGGUGAGAGACAGGCACUCCAGGAACAGCUCAGCAGGUGUCAGGGAGAGAACGCGCAGCUGCAGGUGGAGCUGGAACAGAAGCAACGGGAGGCUGAGAGGAGGGACGCCAUGUAUGAAGAGGAGCUCAGAGGGCAGCGGGACCUGGUCCAGACCAUGAAGAAGAGAGUUCUGGAAUUGAUUCACGAGAAGGACCAGCAGUGGCAGAGGCUCCAGCAGCCCUCCAUGGCUGCCUUGGGCCCAGGGUGCUGCGUGGGCUGCAGCAAGGUCUUCGGCCGUCUGUCUCGGCGCUAUCCAUGCAGGCUCUGCGGGGGUCUGGUGUGCCAUGCCUGCUCAGCAGAUUACAAGAAAAGAGAGCGAUGUUGCCCAGUCUGUGCCCAGGGAAGAGCCCAAGUUACCUGAGCAAGUCCACAAGACAGGCCAUGACCAGGAACUCACCCCAUCUGAUCCACUCCCUUCCCUCUCUCUGUCUAGCCUUCUAGAACUGAUGAGCAAGGCACUAGCACAGAGGGGUGGAGUGGAGGAAGGCAGCUGGCAGUAGCAGAUAAUUUUAGCCUAUAACCCUCGUGACGGAGGAGGUGAAUGGGAUGUGCCCUCAGCUCUUAGAACGUCACCGCUACUGUGAGUGAGUUGAGUUCCAACCUCUGUAAAAUCCCUAGAGGCUCAGCCAGUCCA